GGCAGUGGGGGUCCCAGUACCAAGCCCCCUAGGCUAGCCUGGGACUGGUUGCCUAGCGGGCAUAGAGGAGUUGUGCUUGUCCUACAGCACUGGGGUGUGGCGGUGAGGAAGAAAUCUCACAGACCCCUCCCUGUGCCUGGCAAGCGCCUGCUACUUCCCGGCCUACUCUCCGGUGUGGUACCCACAGCCUCGGUGCCGGCGCUUGCCGUUUCUUAUCUGGUUCUGCUGAGCUUCGAGCCCGGACGGUGGGCGGCGCGGGCCUUGUAGGGAGAGAAGGCUGGAUCUUCUAAAAAACUCAUCUCGGGUGUUCUGCCCUACAUUAUGGGACUGGCGGGUAGCUUUCAACCGCGGAGUGGGGAAGCCUUAUUACGCUGGGAGUCAAUGCGCGAGAGUGGGUUGAAGACUUCCUGCUAUCUCAGUCAGCUUUGGGAGGGUGCUGCGGUGAUCACCGCCUGUCGUUAUUGUCUCUCCGGUUUUUCAUGGACUAGGUAGAGGUGGGAGAAGGGGAUCAGAUAUUGUGUUCGGACUGAUACUCGGAGAAGCUUUUCCAUCUAAACCCAAAGCAUGCCCCACGUUUCGGCUCUGAUCCUUAUUCAUUGUUUGGGGACGUUUACAAAGAAGAGCUUAAAGUGAAGAUACCCACAUCCCUUUCUUCAAACAAUGAGUUACAAGGCACUAAUAGUUCUGGAUCAUUGGGUGGUCUUGAUGUUCGAAGAAGAAUUCCUAUAAAGCUCAUCUCUAAACAAGGGAACAAAGCCAAAGCUGCACCGCGCACUCAGAGGACUAUAAACAGAAUGCCUGCAAAGGCUCCACCUGGUGAUGAAGAAGGAUUUGAUUAUAAUGAAGAAGAACGGUAUGACUGUAAGGGGGGUGAACUGUUUGGAAGUCAGCGAAGAUUUCCUGGACACCUUUUUUGGGACUUUCAGAUAAAUAUCCUUGGUGAAAAGGAUGAUACACCAGUUCAUUUCUGUGACAAAUGCGGAUUGCCUAUUAAGAUUUACGGGCGAAUGAUUCCAUGCAAGCACGUGUUUUGCUAUGACUGUGCUAUUUUACAUGAAAAAAAGGGAGACAAGAUGUGUCCAGGCUGUAGUGAUCCUGUGCAGCGAAUUGAGCAGUGUACACGGGGUUCUCUCUUCAUGUGUAGCAUUGUUCAAGGGUGCAAGAGAACAUAUUUGUCUCAGAGAGACUUACAGGCUCACAUCAACCACCGCCAUAUGAGAGCUGGAAAACCUGUUACCCGUGCUUCACUUGAAAAUGUUCAUCCUCCUAUUGCCCCACCACCAACUGAAAUCCCUGAUCGUUUUAUAAUGCCGCCAGACAAGCACCAUAUGAGCCAUAUUCCGCCAAAGCAGCACAUCAUGAUGCCACCACCUCCUUUGCAACAUGUGUCACAUGAGCACUAUAAUCAGCCACAUGAGGAUAUUCGUGCUCCUCCAGCAGAAUUGCCCAUGGCUCCACCUCCACCUCGAUCGGUCAGUCAGGAAACCUUUCGUAUUUCAACAAGAAAACACAGCAAUUUAAUAACUGUCCCUAUUCAGGAUGACUCAAAUUCAGGUGCUAGAGAACCACCACCUCCUGCCCCAGCACCUGCUCACCAUCAUCCUGAAUAUCAGGGUCAACCAGUGGUAUCGCACCCUCAUCAUAUUAUGCCUCCACAGCAACAUUAUGCACCACCCCCUCCUCCACCACCACCAAUAAGCCAUCCAAUGCCACAUCCUCCCCAGGCUGCAGGUACUCCUCACUUGGUUUAUAGCCAAGCUCCACCUCCACCAAUGACCUCUGCUCCACCACCAAUAACCCCACCCCCUGGACAUAUUAUUGCCCAGAUGCCACCUUAUAUGAAUCAUCCUCCUCCAGGACCUCCACCACCUCAACAUGGUGGUCCACCUGUAACUGCACCCCCUCCUCACCAUUAUAAUCCUAACUCUUUACCCCAGUUCACUGAAGAUCAAGGAACUCUGAGCCCUCCAUUUACACAACCAGGGGGAAUGAGUCCUGGUAUAUGGCCUGCACCAAGAGGGCCACCGCCUCCUCCACGAAUGCAGGGUCCGCCUUCUCAGACCCCACUUCCUGGACCACAUCAUCCCGAUCAGACAAGAUAUAGACCAUAUUACCAAUGAUAAUAGUAUUUUCAACUGAAGACGUGGGAAAAAUUAUGUAUAGUUCAUCUUUUAAUUAAGCGCUGACUGUUUUGGGAAGGAAAAACACCUCUUAUUGAGGUGGCUCUAAAACACUUAGGGUCUUGUCUCUUAAAAUGUUUUAAAUCUCCACUUUAGGAUUGAUUUCAAGUGCUAUACUGUAGUGCAGAUAAGUGGCUCAGGAGAGCACAGCUAUAUUUUAACAACUUUGUUCCCCUAGUGUGGUAAAUUGAGGUGAUCAUUUGUAAAAAAUUAGAAAAAAAUUUUUAUUGUUCCAUUUUCAAGAACACUGCUUUUGUUAAACCCAGUUUCAUUUUUCUUGUGAUACAUUUUGUUAACCUGUGUAAAAGGAUUAAAUUUCAAUAUGGUUGUAAAAAUGCUAUUUUUAUGUGAAUUUAAGUGCAGCCACAUACUGUUUUUUAAAACCAUAUGUUUUACCACUAAUUUCCCGAAGUUACAAUAAAAUCCUAAAAGUAAAAAUCUACUAGAAUUUACUGUAAGGCAGACUGUUAAAUGGUAGAAAAUUUACACAUUUUAGGCACUGAAAUUUUGAGGUAUAAAGUAUAUAAUGCACUUCACUUGGAUGCCUUUUCAUUUGUAGGCAGCCUCAGGAGCACCAAAAAUACAAUGAAAUUCCAGUACUGAGAUAUAUUUACGUUUGUAAUAUAUAAGGCAUUACUAAUUAUUUGGGAAGAUAAGGCCAAAAAUAAUAGGCUCUACAGACUUCAGGUUCUUGAGGGAUGCUGUUACUCAUUAAUGCUUUUUAAUGAAUGGUUGGAAUCACGUGAUUCACCACACUUAGUAAUCUUAGUAACGUUUCAUAGAACUGUUUAAAUGGUGUUCUUUAGAUAAAGUGAGUUCUAUUCUGCUCAUUGUCUUAAACUAAAUAUUUAGAGCUUAAUAGGCUUUAUGUAUUCCUCAUUUCAUGACAGUUUGAUCCUGUGCUUAAGUGGGGUCUUGUUUGUUGGGUGUUAAGUUACAAUUUGAAUGCCAUGGAGGAAUCUGAAUACUGUAUUAAUGAAGGACAUUCUUGUAGUCACAAACUUGCAUUGCUCAGGUUUCAUUACUGUGUGAUAAGGGUUCUUUAACUUGAAAUUUUAAAACUAUUAAUGAUUUCCUUUUUCUUUUGUUGGUUAAGCAGUCUAAAACUUGGGAUAUUUUAACAUGGAGUCAGCAGUGAAGAUUACCAGAUGAUUUUGUAUUGGAGAAGAGAAAAGUAAUGACUAAAUUGUGAAUUUCAGUGCUUUAUAAGGUGCCUUUAGAGUCAGCUUUUGCAUUAUAGGGGCUUGUUAUAGUCCACCUAAGAUGACCACUCAGUUUCUACAGGAUUCAUGUACAAUUCAUUAUUCAUAGGAUGUUACUAUAUAUCCUCUGAAUAAACCCCUGUGAAGUAUUUCCUCCCCCCUAAAAUGGUGCAUAAUAUAAACAUGAAAUGUGUAGUAUGCAGAUAUCCUUUCUUGAAUAGUUUGUAGUGUAUAAAUUUAGAACAUUUCUUUUUGACAAAGGGUGAACUGAUUGCUAAUUUACCAUUUAAUUAUGUCAGGUACAGGCAAAACAGUUUCUCAUCUUGAAUAAUCGGAUGCAAAGUCAUCUAUGAACCUAGAGCUGAAGUUAGAAAUAAUAUAAAUGGCCAUUUCAACCUUGACCAGUCAAAAAUAACUAAUACACUUUUAAAAAUGAUUUUUCACAGCUAUCAAUUUGAGAGUCCAGUGUUAAUGUAAUAUUUCCGGUAAGAAAUUUUUGUUAUUAGAAGCAUGAAAGUGAAAUAGUGUGAAAAGUUGGUGGUGAGUGCUUCUAUCAUACAUAUUACUGUAGGUACUCAGACUGGUGCAAACUUGAUUCCCUUUCAUGCAAAUAUAUAGGAACUGUUACAAAGUGGUAUUGGAAAUCCAAUACCAUACUUUGUUUCAUGUAAUAAGAGAAUAGCCAAAUUCAUUUUAGAGCUCAACUAUUUAUGAAGAACUCUCCUGUUUUUAUUGAAAUUUGCUUGAGUUGAAUGUGGUUAUGAAACCACUUAGCCUAUGUAUUGGACAUAACAACUAGUAUCAUGAUAAAAUUCCACGUAUUAAGAGAAUUCUUGUAGGCUUUUAAAAAAAAGAUUUAUUUUCAGUUAGGUUUAAGAAAUACAAGUUAUGCAAGGAGGCAAAUCAGAUGAAUGUGUUGUAGCAGACACAAUUUUUAAAUGUGUUAGACUUGAAUUCAUCCAGUUAUUUGAACGAGGGUGGGUGGGUAUAAGGAUAACAAAAUUACUGUUAGUGUUUCUUUUUUUGAAGAAAAAAGAUGUGAAUUCCAGCCGUAUUUCAGGGAAGCCUUUGAAACUAUAAUGGACACAGUCUAAAUUAAAUGUAUGUAUGUUUCAUUAUAUUGCUCUUAAGACUACUGAGGUGGCAGUUUAAUUCUUAAAAACAAUAAAAUGGAAGCAUAAAUACUAUUUUGCCUACAUGAGUUUUUACCUAAUGAUGACAUGUUUGGGAGAAUGCAGAAUUUUCCAUGUUUCUGUUGAUAGAACUUUUACAGUACAAUUAGACUCACUUCUGGAGAUUAAAUGAGCAAGUUGAAUGUUAAAUUUCUUCAGUGGCAUGUUUGUUCAAAGUGUUAUAUAGUAUUUGGAGAAAUAGUUGCAAAGAUCAUAUAUCCAUUUUGCCCUUUGAAAACCACUGGCUCGAUUAUUUUGUAAAUGCUAACUAGAUACCACUGAACAUUAAAUGGAGAAAAUACUUGAACAUAUUUUUAAACUCACAUAAUGAACUUGCUGUGUGAAGUCUGCAGAGAUGCUCUAGGCUUUGUUCUAACAUACUGGAAAAGUACCUUUCAUACACCUUUUUGGAAAAGCCCUGUAGCCCUAUCUAAAAAAAAAAUUGUGAAAAGUCCUAUCAGUACAUGGAAAAAAACUCACAAAUAUCUAAAACAAAUACUUUUCUAGUUAACAGAUUAGUCAUCAAAUUGGUAUAUUUAUGUUAAUUGAAGCUUAACAACCAUAUUUAUACAUUUUCUGAAGUGAAUAUUUUUCACUGAAACUAAUUUUUUAAAUUGUGGCCUUGAAAACAAGCAGAAUUAUUGCAAUUUAUGCACAAUCUAAUAAAGCAAUAGUGGAUAUCUUAGACUUGAGAAGGCAGCAAGCCAGUUAAAAUAGUAGUAGUGAUACUAAUAAAAACAUUGGGAUUUUCAAACAUUUUUGUUUUGAUUCAUGCCCCUUCAAUUUCCCAUCAUUGAGGGAAAAGGUGUUAUAGUAGAAUUCUUUUUUAUUAAAGAUGCUUUUUAUUAAUUUUGAGACAGGAAGGAAGGGAGAAAAAGAGGGAGAGAAACAUUAAUGUGUGGUUCCCUCUCAAGUGCCCUGCAACGUAGGCAUGUUCCCUGACCAGGAAUGAAAUCAGUCUAACCCUUUGGUUUGCAGGCCAGCACUCAAUCCACUGAGCUACACCGAUCAGGGCUUAAACGAACAUUUCAGUGUUAAAGUUUCAUUGUCCCAUCUCCCUAUCUUUAAGAAUUUUUAGGCAUUGCAGAAUCAAAAAAGAUUGAAAUGAACAAUGAUAGAUCUUGGGUUUAGCUCUCACACUUGGACAGGAUCAUGUCAUUUAAAAAAUCCAGCAUUUUGAAAUGUUAAUUUAUUACCUCAGAGUAUUCCAUUUUUAUUUUAGUAGUAAGCAGUUUCAUACUGUAUUUAAACCCAUUUCUUAAUCUACCUUUAGAAUUGUCCUCCCUUUGCCUUUCUUCAGAUUGAAAAAGCCUACUCCCUUUUCUUGUCGCUUGCUUCUUUUCAAAACCUCUUACUUUUGUUUUUAAAUCUGCACUCAUUUUAAUGACAUGAGUGAUACAUCUUUUAGGGAAAAAUGUAGUAUUGCAAAUAAAGCUGAAGUUCCCCUUGACCACUGAUGCAAUGAACAUUAUCUUUCCAGAGGUAACUAACUACUGCUACAAUUUUGUUGUGUAUAUCUAAUAAUUGUAGUUACAAAGCUGAUAUCUAAAUAGGCUCCAUGCUCUGGUUAAGCAUCCUAAUCCAUGAUAAAUGUAAUUUCAUGAUCUAUACUCAAUAAAUAUAUGCUGAGCACCUGCUGUUUGGGAUAUAAAAA